CGUCUCUUCUUCAGAAUCUUCCCAUUGGCUGCCACCAUCACCACACUCUUCUUGAGGCAAUUUAAUUAUUAGACCAGCUAACAAACCUAGAAGAGAAGAAGGGAAAUUUUGUCUGCCCGUACAGAAUCCUCACCACUGGCCUUCCCCCAUCCAGGAGCCCAACUUCACCUUCCCUCUCCCUGGAUGUCUGCUUCAGCAGGGCAUCUGGCAGGAAUGCGCUGCUACAUUUGCAUACACACUCCCAAAACAAUUCUUCAAAACGAGGACCAGACCUGGCCCCUCCACAUCAGAGAUCCUGAAGGGAGAAGACAAGCAGAGCUCCAGGAGCCACAGAGUGUGGGGACCCUUGCCGCAGGUUCCUGUUGAGUCAUUUCAUUGUGUUAAAAAUGUCAUUUUUGGAGGACUCAAGUGUGAAAAUGGAGUCUGAAGACCAGGAAGGAGAUGAGCCCCAGUGCUGCUCAGAAGACUUGGACAGAAGCCCCCUGGAGCCAGACAUGAGUCUCACCUCACAAAGCUCUCCCUAUUCAAUGAAUAAACCUCAGACCGGGGAGGUCUCUGACUUGAAUCAGCAGGUGUGGAUCCUGCAGGAUCAGACCAUUGUGACAGUUCCACGGACUGACAGUGUGACUCCAGUCACUGUCACUGUUGUCCCAUGCAAGUAUCCAGAGUAUCUUGAGCAAGGCAGAGGGAUUCCCAUUUAUAUGGGAAUAGAGAAUCCAGAAAUGUGUCUGUCUUGUGAGGACAUAGGAGGGCAGCCCACAUUGCAACUGAAGGAGGAGGAGAUACUGGAUCUGUACAACGAAGUCGCGCCCGUGGAGCCCUUCCUCUUCUACCACUCGAAAGAUGGCAGGACCUCCACCUUCGAGUCCGUGGCGUUCCCUGGCUGGUUCAUCGCCUCCUCUGAGAUCCGCCAUCCCCUCUUCCUCACUUCAGACGUGGGGGGAAAGAACAAUGUUAACUUCAAUUUAAGUAUCAAUGCUUGACCUCAGCCUGGAGGGGGCAGCUUGGUCAGAGGUCUUUGUUAAAUUUCCUAGUUCCCAGCAUGCUUUCAUUUAUAUUCUCUCCGUGUCAUUUCACGUCAGUGCUGAGAGGUGGGCAGGACCUUGUUAUCAUCACACUUUGUGAAUGACUUCAGGGCAGCCGAGGCAUAGAAUGUGAGCUCAGACACGGGGGGGGGGGGGGGGGGGGGGGGGGGGGGACGGGUCACGUAAAGUUCUCCUCUCAAGCUGAAGUUGUCCACCCCACAGCCAUCUGGACGAGGGUGAGGAGGGUGUCUGGACCCCAAGACAUUAGUGCCUUCUCUGUGGGUGGAUACAGAGAAGCGUCAGAGCUCAUGAUCUGGUGACUGGUGUGGAACUGACCCGUUUUGUUUUCUUUCCUAUUUAGAUUACAUUUUCCAUAUGCUUUGUAUGUUGCCAGUAUAUUUCACGUUGUAUAAUGUAUCCUUUUAAGGGUUAAGAAACAUUUAAAGGUAAAUAAUUCUUAACAAUAGUUAAACUAUUUUUUUCCUAAUUCUAAUAUGUAAACAUAAAGCCAAAUAUAAACUUCAUGUGUUUACACAACAGAAAAGCUAAAACUAAGCUGUAAAAUGAAGUAGAAAACGUAGUAAACUGAAAUUAGCGAGAGCAAUUGAAUGAGGAUAGCUCACUGGGGUUUCACUGGGGAAAGAAGGACCCCUAUCAGUGGUGACAGUCCAGGGUGGAGAUAAUGCAUGUAAAAGAACACUACUAUAUGACUAUUUUCUGUA